AAAUAUCAGCAUGGAUUUUACUCGUUCACAGUAAAAAACCAGCAAAUUAGUUUGCAAGUCACCAUUAAUGGCUUCCUCUCUGUUCAGUCUCCACUUCUUUCUCUUGCUAUUCCUCUACCAGCCUCUCUUCUCCAUGGCUAAUCUCCAUAAAACCAAGAACAUGAUCCUUAGAUCAAAUCACCGCUCUCACCUGAUCAACACAAUACCCUUCAAUGAAAACUCAUCAACUGUAUACUUUGAAGUAACCAAACCCAUCAAACUACCAAAUACCAAGCCAUGUUCAUACCAUGUUCUUCAUCAUGAUUUCGGCUUCACAUAUGGGAGACCCCCAGUUGUUGUAAACUACACCCGACCAGCUUGUUACUCUCAAAAGUUCACCAAAAUUGUGCUUGAAUGGAAGGCAACAUGUAAAGGAACACAGUUUGAUCGUAUUUUCGGGGUUUGGCUAUCUGGCGUCGAGCUCCUUCGGGGCUGCACGGCAGAGCCUACACCAAAGGGAAUUAUUUGGAGCGUUGAGAAAGAUAUAACAAGGUACAAUUCAUUGCUCUUGAAGAACCAAACACAAACUUUAGCUGUUUAUCUUGGUAACAUUGUGGAUCAGACUUAUACUGGUGUCUACCAUGUUAAUUUAACCUUUCAUUUUUACCCUGUUGAAUGCAAUGUGAUGAUCAAUAAUGAUGAGAAUAAGAUCAGUUUGAAUAACUUGGCAUCUAACUAUUAUUCUAAGGCUGAUCUGAUCUUACCAAUUUCCCAAGAUCGGUCACUAAACGAUGGUUUGUGGUUUGAAGUUCGAAAUUCAAAUGAAACAAAGUCGAAGCAAUUUCAAAUACCUGAAAAUGUGUAUAGAGCUGUAUUGGAAGUUUAUAUAUCUUUUCAUGAAAAUGAUGAGUUCUGGUAUGGGAAUUUUCAGAAUGAUUACAUUGCUGCAAAUAAUCUAAGUGACACUCCUGGGAAUGGACCAUUUAGAGAAGUUGUAAUCUAUCUUGAUGCUGAAGUGGUGGGUGCAGUUUGGCCUUUUACAGUGAUCUAUACUGGUGGAAUCAAUCCUUCAUUUUGGACUCCCAUUACUGGUAUUAGCUCUUUCAACCUACCUUCUUACGAUAUCGAAAUCACCCCAUUUUUAGGCAAUAUGUUGGAUGGAAAACCCCAUACAUUGGGGUUCAGUGUCACCAAUGCCUUGAAUGUCUGGUUUAUAGAUGCUAAUUUGCACCUCUGGUUAGAUACCAGAAAGGCAAAAACUGAAGGGGGACUUGUGAAGUUCAGUAACAAGGCUGCUAAUGUUUAUGAAGAAUCAGAUUUCAAGGGAUUAAAUGGAACAUUCUUGACGUAUUCAAAGAGGCUCAUAUCUUCAACUGGAUGGAUCAAAUCAUGUUAUGGGAACAUCACAACUCAUUCCAUUCAAGAGUUUAGGUAUAAUAACUCAUUGCAAGUAGCUAAAGAUGGAGAUUUUCAGGUUGUGGAUCAGAUGAUCCAUUUCAAUGACAGGGUUUACACAAAGAUGCCAUUUCAUCAUGUUCAUGUUGAGGAAUCAUUUAAAACUUUCCAUUUAAACUUUUAUGCAGACUUCACAGUACAAGGAGAAGGUUCCUUCAUUUUUGUCAGCAAUGUCACGUUAGGAUUCAACGAGAACAAGUAUAAGCAUGGUGGUUUGGAUUUCUUCAUCAGCUUUCUGCGAAAUACCCAGAAAGCACAAUCGGUUAUUGAAGUGAAAAACUACUCGACCACCAAAAGAUUGGGAGGAACAAAACAGGUAUAUGAAUACCAUGGAAGUGAUAUCUGCUACUCCAGGAACAUUAGCAGCUCUAACAACUUGAUUGAGUAUGAUGAAGGGGGAAAACUGUGUGAUGAUUUUGAAGUCAAGCCAGUGAAAAAGGCUAUUUAGUAGCAGAGACAGUGAUGAAUUUGAGCUCAUCAAUAAAGGGUUUCAUGUUAGAUGUUCCAGGAUCCUAUAUUCAACUUAACUGAUCAAAUUGGAGCUGUUUUAUCAACUCUUCCAUCUUUAAAUUUAUUUUGCUAUGUUCUUUGCACUUAAAAGCAAAAACACUAGACUCUCUUUUGGCAAUAACAAGGAACCCCAUAUUAUCAAUUUCAGAAUAAAA